CUUGUCGUAUACAAAUUAUCUAGUUCCAGCUGAUUAAUUGUGAUUUAUAAACGUGCAAUAAAAUCAUUGUCACAUACGAAUUAUAUCAAAGAUUUUGGUUAUUAAAACACGUCCGUAAUGGCGAACGAAAACUUCCAAGACAGCACACAGGAAAUGUUGAAAGAGAACGUUUUUUCGUGUAGUGUUUGCAAGAAUUUGUUGGUGGCUCCAGUGAUGACGGUUGAAAAUGUUGGUGAUGUUUGUCAUGAUUGUUUCCAAGCGAAGAAGGAAGAAAACAAGUGGAAUGGCUUGCCAAAUACAAGAUUAGUUGCCAUAAUGAAAAAAUUAAGCUUUCCAUGUAAAUUUCAGUCGGAAGGUUGCGAAACCGAAUUACUUUACGAGGACUUAAGGGAACACGAAAAGUAUUGCAUUUGUCGUCCAAUAGACUGCUUAAUCGCAAAAGAAGAGUGCGAAUGGGUCGGGAAACUGGUAGACUUAUUUAAACACUUCUCAGAGAACCAUACAACGUGCGUUCUAAACGAACACUGUGGGGAAUAUUCUUUCGAGAUCGACCCACAAAGUCUCGGUACAGUGAUCAAAUUGUUCACCCACAAAAACAGGACGUACAUUUUGAUAUUAGAGAAACUGGACGAAGACAACAGUUUGUUGCAUUUCUUGAAAGGGGAGUCAAAUAUGGUCGUGGAAUAUACGGGUAAAAGUAACGUAUUCAAAACGAAGCUUCAAGCUUUGUCGUUCGAUGUUGCCUGUGAGGAACGAAACGGACAAAAGAUCCAACUUUCUACUUUGAAAGAAGUUAUGCAAGAAGAUGACGUUAUUAAAGUUGUGAUUAAACCUGAAAAGUGCGAACCAAAAAAUGUUAAUUCUGAAAUUACGAAGCAUUUGGAAUGCCCCGUUUGCAAGGAUAUAAUGAGGCAACCGAUUUUCCAGUGUUUGACUGGUCACAGCAUCUGCCAAUCGUGCCGCAAUGAACUUUCGGAGUGUCCUACUUGUCGGAAAAAUUUUUCUCGAGAAAACAUCCGGAAUUUUUCGCUGGAGGCCCUCAUACCGUUUGUGCAAUACGAGUGUGUUUAUAGGCAGUUUGGUUGCACUUCGAUGCUUUUGGGAAGCGAAAUAGUUGAACAUGAAGAUGGUUGCACGUAUCAGAUGUAUAAAUGCCCUAAAUGUAAAUUCGAAGGCAAUUUCUCUUCUUGUCGAAAUCAUUUUAAAGUUGAUCACGCGGCAUAUUUAGUUACAGGAACCGUAUAUGAAGAAACGAUAAACUACAUAUUUUGCUCUAACACUGAACGCUAUUUUUUCGAAUAUGGUAAUAUUUUUAAGUUGACUUACGAUUCCAGAAAUGGUUAUUCUUGGUGUGUGCGAAUUUUGAGUAAGUACAAUAAACACGAUCAAUAUCUCUUUACUGUUCGGGUUUUUAAUAAAGAUGAUGCACAAUGUUAUACAGCAAAAUCGAAGUGGUGCGUAGAUAGAAACGCUCGAGAUGACAAUAUUUCCUUCAGCAAAGACAGUUUAAAAGCGUACGGUAAUGAAAUGACUUUCUGUUACGAAAUACAAAAAGCUGGUGUUCUUAGCAACAUGAAAAAAUGUGAAGGGUUGUCUAUGCGCCUAUUGCAUAUGUAGUCUUUUAUCACAAAUUAUUGAUCCGAAACCCCAAAUAGUGUAGUUAUGAUUAUUAUAAACCAGUUAAUAGAUUUAAAUAAAUAUGUACUGUUUAUAGGAAUUAUUGUUUAAUUUUCAUGUAUUAAAAUUACAAAAACUCAUUAAAUUAAAUAAAUGCUGGGAAAACUU